AUGUCCGAAACACUUAUUAACGGCGAUACCGCGUACAUGCUCAUCUGCAUGGCACUCGUGAACCUCAUGACCCCAGGCCUGGCGUUCUUUUACGGAGGCUUAGUUCGUUCCUCGAACGUGUUAUCCAUCAUGGCGCAAAACUACGCCAGCAUGGGAUUGAUGACCAUAAUUUGGACGGCAUGGGGGUAUGUUUUUCUGCUCUCUUUUCUCCUUCUUUCUUGCGAGGAUGACGACGCGUCGCUUCUUUCUCCUCGUGAUUAUGGCGUUGCGACGAACGACGCGAAAACGACUGUUGCUGACAUUUUUCUUCUUCUUCUUCUUCUUCUUCUUCUUCUUCUUUAUCGUCUUCGAAAAAACAGGUAUUCGUUAUGUUUCGGAGAAUCCCAAGGCGAUUUCAUCGGCAACCCGAAAUCGCACUAUUUCCUAGAAAACACGAACAAUAACUCCCCGCAACCUUCAAUUCCAGGACUCGUGUUCUGCGGGUUUCAAGGGAUGUUCGCGGUGAUUGCCCCGGCGCUGAUGACGGGCGCGUUUGCCGAUCGCGUGAACUUUGGACCGUACAUGGUCUUCAUCGCGCUCUGGGCGCACUUGGUGUAUUUUCCAGUCUGCCAUUGGAUUUGGGGCGGCGGAUGGAUGGCGAAACAAGGCGUUUGGGAUUUCGCGGGUGGGAUUGUCAUCCACGUGACCGCGGGGUUUUCCGCGCUGGCGACGGUUGUCGCGUUGCCGUCGAGACACCACUUGGACGCGAGCGUUGAGAAUAAGCCGCACAACAUUCCGUUCGUCGCGCUCGGGACCGGUUUGCUCUGGUUCGGUUGGUUUGGCUUUAACGGCGGAUCCGCACUUGGCGCGAACAACCAAGCCGCGUACGCCUCGAUCAACUCGGAAAUCUCCGCCUCGGCGGCGCUCUUCGGGUGGAUGAUGCUCGAAUGGAUUUUGGAAGGCAAGCCGACUUUAAUCGGCGCGUGCGUCGGAGCCAUCGCCGGUUUGGCUACGAUUACCCCGGCGGCUGGUUUUGUCGACCCAUGGUCUGCGUUAUUGAUUGGCUUCUUGUGCGUGCCAUUUUGCUACGCUUGCAUCGAGAUCACGAAGAGGUACAAACUCGACGACGCUUUGGAUGUCUGGGCCGUGCACGGCAUGGGCGGUUUCUUGGGCACCGUCUGCGUCGGUAUCUUUGCCACGGAGAAAGUAUCCGGUAACGUCGACGCGAGUGGCAAGCAAUUUCUCAUCCAAUUGUUGGCGGCAAGUGGCAUUGCCGUGUAUUCUUUCGUCAUUGGCUACCUUUUGAUUAAAGUCAUCGAUAAGUUUUCGAAAGUCGCCGUCGACGCCGACACGUACGCGAAAGGUUUGGAUGUUUCCAUCCACGGCCACGAGGCGUAUUUCGACAGCUCCAACGAUGGAAGCAAGAAGGUUGUUGGAGUGUAA